CUGUUUCCAUAAAGGCCGAAGCUCUUCUUCCCUGUUGUUCUUCUCGCAGGAGGGUCUCAAGUUUUGUAGAGAAUUAGCAUCCGCCGCCAUGGUUAAGUAUUCAAGGGAGCCGGAUAACCCCACCAAGUCCUGCAAAGCGCGAGGAUCCGACCUCAGAGUCCAUUUUAAGAAUACACGUGAGACUGCUCAUGCCCUAAGAAAGUUGCCCUUGGCCAAAGCAAAGAGAUACUUAGAGGACGUUCUUGCCCACAAGCAGGCUAUACCAUUCCGACGUUUUUGUGGAGGUGUUGGACGAACUGCUCAGGCCAAAAAUAGGCAUUCAAAUGGACAAGGACGCUGGCCUGUUAAAUCUGCGAAAUUUAUUCUAGAUCUUCUUAAGAAUGCUGAGAGUAAUGCCGAAGUGAAAGGACUGGAUGUUGAUUCCCUCAUCGUAUCCCACAUUCAGGUGAACCAAGCUCAAAAGCAAAGGCGUCGUACAUACCGUGCUCACGGAAGAAUUAACCCCUACAUGUCGUCUCCAUGCCACAUCGAGCUUAUUUUGUCAGAAAAGGAAGAACCUGUCAAGAAAGAGCCUGAGACCCAAUUGGCAACGAGUAAAUCCAAGAAAUCGCAAGCCCUCCGCAGUGGUGCUUCGUCUUGAUCUAUAUUAUUGCUGCACUAAGUGUUCUUUUUUUCCUUUUAAAAAAACAGAGGUUCGUUUCUUUGAUCAUUAUAGAAUCCUGCUCAGAAUCCAUUGCCCCCAACUUUGUAGUUUACGAAAUCUCGUCGAUCAUGUUUUAUUUAUUAGGAAUCAUCUCCCAAAUUUUGGAUUUCCGUUUCUUUUAAGCAGAGUUUAUACAUCGAGACUUUCUUUCA